AAAAUACACAAAGCAUCUUUUUCACACCGAAGGGAGCGAAGUUCAAGCAAGUUAACUGCUAAGUUCUUACGCAAAUGAUCUAGGCCUGUUCAACGCCCUCACAAGAAAACUGACUUCUGCAACGAGAAUGAGAUACAGAGGAUCGUUGUUAUCACUAACGAAAUCAUGGUCUCAAAUGAAAAAUAUCUUAGAGAGAUCUCGCAGGACACAAUAUGAACUGUCAUGGGAUAUCGCUGUGAGACAGCUGUCAAUUUCCCUGUCCAGAAAAUCCACAUUCCCUGUUAUAUCCGAUAGUGAUAGCAAUGCUAAUUUAGAAAACUUAUCAUUUUCCAAACAUUUGUUUGAUCGAUACCAGCAGUGCGUUGCUAUUGCACAUGCAGGGGGGGGAGAAAAAGCGAUAAACCGACAUGUUGUGAAGCAAAAAAAGCUGCUUGUUAGAGACCGCCUCGCUCUCUUCCUAGACGACCCCAACGAUUUCCUCGAACUCUCCGUCAUGGGGGGACUGGCAAUGGAAUAUGGAAAUGUACCUAAAGCUGGAAUGAUCGCUGGAAUUGGUAGAGUACAAGGAAAACUGUGCAUGAUUGUUGCUAACGAUGCCACUGUGAAGGGUGGUACUGUUUACCCCGUUACCCUAAAGAAACAACUUCGGGCUCAGGAAAUAGCUGAGCAGAACAGACUACCAACUGUCUAUAUUGUAGAGUCUGGAGGAGGUUUCCUUCCCCUCCAGGCUGAUAUUUUCAACCCUGGUGGGAAAACAUUUUGCAAUGAGGCAGUGAUGUCUUCAAUGGGUAUACCACAGAUGGCCAUUGUGUGUGGUAACUGUACCGCGGGAGGUGCCUAUAUUCCCACCAUGGCUGACCAGACAGCCAUUGUACACAGGAAGGGCUACAUAUUCCUGGGAGGACCGCCCCUUGUGCAGGCAGCCACAGGGGAGAUCGUCACAACAGAGGAACUUGGUGGUGCUACCCUACACUGCAGUGUAAGCGGAUGCACUGACUACUUUGCGGAGAAUGAAGAGGAAGCAUUGAGUACAGGGAGAGACAUGGUGGCCACGUUGAACCUGGAGGACAAGCUACCUGUCCAUCAGGACUGGGAGGAGCCUCUCUACAGCAGCGACCACCUCAGGGCACUGGUGGCCAAGGACAAUGUUAUCAACAUCUAUAAGGUUAUAGCUAGACUAGUAGAUGGAAGUCGAUUCCACGAAUUCAAGAAACAAUUUGGACCUACAAUGGUGACAGGUUUUGCACACAUAAAAGGGUAAGUUAGCCAUGUUACC